UUAAAAAAAAGAAAUAAUAUAUAUUUCCUUCGCCGUAAUAUUAAAAUAAAACGACUAAACGAUAAAUUAAAUUAUAAAAAACUUAAACCUUUCGAAAUUAUUAAAAAAGUUUUAUUAAUUAAUUUUAAAUUAAAACUCUUAAAUACGAUAUAA